AAAUGUCCAAUCAGCUGAUUUGAUUUGUUUAUUGUUCAUGAUCAGUGAGCUUAGCGAAAUAUUUUUAAAUAGUAAAAUACAGUACAAUUUACUACAUUUCAAUGGAAGAGGGUAAAAAUCUGAAAGGAAAAUUAACUUGUGCGUACUGCGAUAAAGAAUUUAAAUUCGCCAGUGAAAGAAAGAGACAUGAAAUAAGUCAUUGUAUCGAGUUCGAGUGUAAAGUUUGCCUUAAAAAGUUCAACUUUUUAUCAGCUUUAAGACGGCAUGAAAAACAACAUGAAAGAACGGGAAAUGUACAAUGUGCGGAGUGCGGUGGCAGCUUCAGGGACCAAACAUUGCUUAACCGCCACAUCAAGUAUGCCCACAAAGAAACUGUUAUGUGUGAAAAAUGCCAUUCAAUGUUCAAUAGUGAAGCGGCACUAAACACACAUAUGAAAUGUCACAAACCAAAGGAAGAAAGAAAGUAUAAGUGUAGUUUUACUGACUGUGAUAAGACAUUUAAUUUCCCUCACCACUUGAAGCACCAUGAACUCACACAUACCAACACUAAGCAAUACCAUUGCAGUAUUUGUUCUAAAGGGUUUAUCCAAGCGCAUCAUUUAAAAAGACAUUUGAAGACACACAAGCCGGAGAGCUGGGUGUCAUGCUCGUUGUGUCCGAAGACAUUCUCCUCCUUGUAUUCUUUGAAGCGCCAUAUUGCUCGGCAUAAUAUAAAAUGUGAAAAUACGCAAAUGGAGACUGAUUGCAAGAAUGGAGAACUAACUAAAAAAGGUGAUAAACUUUCUAUGUGUGCCUGUUGUGGCGAAUUAAUUGACGAAAGCGAAAUAGGGGCCCAUGCUUUAGUUUGUGGUCAAACUGAGAUAGAAAAUCAUGUGAUGUCCAGUUCACCAUCACCAAUAAAAUUGACCAAAGAAGAUGUUUGUAAUGAAUUAUCAAUAAUGGAAACAGAAUCCAAGUAUGAUAAAGAAUCUAAACAUCAGGAUAACCCCAAAGACAAUGAUACAAAUGAUAAUGAUUUUAUUGAUGAUUUAACUACAAACAUGAAUGAAAUAUCAGUAAGUAGCUGCAAGACUGCAAUAGGUGAAUGCAUAGUUGCAGGAGACUCAACCAAUAAUGGACUUUGUUUAUGUGCUCAAAUUACCGACACUGUAGAAACUGAUAAACCGGAAUUGUCUGUAACAGAAGCAGACAGUACUAAAAUAUCAAUUGAUGUAUUAAAUAGCCCAAUAGAAACAUGUGGAAAUGUGAAUGAUAAUAAUUGUAUUAGCUGUGCUUGUUCUGUUUCUGAAUAUAAGAAAGAAUCUGUAGCAGACACAACACCAAAGAAAAAAUCUGCAAUACAUUAUGAUUCAGUACCAGAAAUAGAAGUUAGACUAGAUGGUGUUAUAAAACUGAAAGAUACAUGUGAUAUAAAGUAUAUUGGACUACCACAUGUCAUGUCACACGUGAGUAAAAUUUUUAAUCAAAUGGAUAAGAAUACAACUGAGGUUAAAGUUCCAUUUAAUAGUUGUAAGGCAGUGUUAGGCAAUUGUAUCGUAAGUGGAAAUGAUACUAUAGGGGAGGGAUGCUAUUGCGCCAGAAUGUCCUUUGACUCCCAACAAGCUUCAGCCCAAGAAAUAGAAGAAAUUACCAUUUGCUCUGGACACCAUUGGAUCAGUUGAUGUAUAUAAAUAAUUAAUUGAUUAAAACAAUAUAAGUAAUAUUAUAACUUCAAAUUUAUUUACAGCGUAAUUCUUUACAUUUUCAACCAUAUUAUACAAAAUAUAUCUUAGUUAACGAUAACUACUAUUAUUAUACAAUCAGACCUCACUUUAGUUUACAGAUAAAUCACUAAAUAUAUGUAUUAAGUAUUAUAUAAAUGGAAUGUAAUUAUCACAUUAUGGCAUGGCAGAGAAUGAUCACAUUACAAAAAAUAAGUGUUGUUUAGCUGUAUCCAAUUCACCAUAAUCUUCAUUAAUUAUUUAUAUUAUACAUUAGCUAUGGUAACAAUUUUAUAUCUACAGAUCACUAAGCACUAUUCCUAAUAAAAACAAUGAUCUAUCGUUCUUACUCGACCCAAAUAUUAAGAAAAUGAUACUUAAACAUUGUAGAUUGUGAUUUUAAGUACAAAAUGGAAAUAAAUACAAUAUUCUAUACUUCAAUAUUA